CAGGAAGUGAUGUCAUUAAUGGCGAAAACGCGGUUUGCUUACGGGAAAAAAUGGCUGCAGCCAGUUUAGUUAGUCUUUGCAGAAAAGCGUCAGUCAUUUUGAAGACUUCCAGGUCCUUAAUAAGUUCUCAGGUCCCUGCUGGCACAGGGUUUUCUCUUAAUUUGUUACCCAAGAAUACACCAAAUGUCACAUCCUUACACCAGUGUAGAAUACUUCAUACCACAUUGUCAAGGAAAGGACUAGAAGAAUUUUUUGAUGACCCAAAGAAUUGGGGGGAACAAAAAGUAAAAUCUGGAGCCGCAUGGACCUGUCAGCAAUUAAGGAACAAAAGUAAUGAAGAUUUACAUAAACUUUGGUAUGUCCUACUGAAAGAAAGAAAUAUGCUUCUGACCCUACAGCAGGAGGCCAAACGGCAGAUAUUACCAAUGCCAAGUCCGGAGCGGUUAGAAAAGGUAGUAGAGUCCAUGGACGCAUUAGAUAAAGUCGUCCAGGAACGAGAAGAUGCCCUAAGACUUCUUCAGACAGGUCAAGAAAAAGCUAGACCUGGUGCUUGGAGAAAAGACAUCUUUGGAAGAAUCAUCUGGCACAAGUUCAAGCAGUGGCCUAUACCUUGGCACCUAAAUAAGAGAUACAAUAGGAAACGAUUCUUUGCGAUGCCCUAUGUGGACCAUUUUGACAGACUGAGACGUGAGAAACAAGCCCGUAUCCAAGCAAGGAAGAAAAAUUUAGAGAAAAAGCAAGCAAAACUUCUUCAGGAAAAGUUUCCACAUCUUCCUGAAGCCCAGAAGUCAAGUCUUGCCUAAGAUGUCUGAACUCUUAAUUUACCAUUUUGUUUUUCUUAGAUAACAAUCUGUCUAGAAAAGUAACUAUAUGUUAAGUGACUUAUAAAGAAAUUGUUUUAGUCAAACAGCUGUUUUGAGUGUUAAUAUGACAUGCUAAUUUGGAAGUGGUCAUGCUUUUAAAAAUCAGGUAUAAAAUUUUAUAAAU